CUGCAAACGAUUAUGACAGAUGUAUAUAAGAUGAGAGUCGAAAUGGAGAUCAAUUGAACAAGUCACCGCGAUGAACGUCAUUUGGAGAAUACUAAUUUGUGCAAUACUUGUGGCACAUGUUUCAGCCAAGAAUAAAACAUGCAAAUCCAAGAUUGUGGGUGGUUAUGCGGCUGGAGUGAGUGGCAUGCCCCCGAUCGACGAAAGAUCUUGCGAAAAUGACGAGCUUCGUAAAGAUAAAUGCUUAUCAAACGCUGUCGAAUGCGCUCGUACGUGUCGUAAAGGUGGAAAACCGAAAACUUGUUAUUACAAAUUCGUGGUCGAACGUUAUCCCGUUAAUGGCAGCGCGUGCGAUCUUUGUACUCCAAAUAUUACCAAUAGCAUCUGUGCCAAUUGCCAGUGCGUACCUGGUAACGGUGUGCAACGUAUGGGACUAAUAGUAAAUAGAAUGUUACCUGGACCGAGCAUACAAGUAUGUCUAGGAGAUCGAAUCGUGGUCGACGUUCAGAAUAAUAUAAAGGAGGACGCGAUAACUAUCCACUGGCAUGGUUUAUACCAAAAGAACACUCAAUAUUACGAUGGGGUGCCUAUGGUGACACAGUGUCCAAUUGUAUUUAAAAAUACCUUUAGGUACCAAUUUGACGCGAAUAACAGUGGUAGCCACUUCUGGCACGCUCACACCGGGUUAAACAAGAUGGACGGUAUUCAAGGGCCAUUAAUCGUACGAGAACCAACAGAAAACGAACCCAAUCGUGACCUUUAUAAUUUCGAUUUAGCGAAUCAUGUGAUUUUUUUGACCGAUUGGAUGAAUGAAGCAGCUACCGAGCGAGCACCUGGCCGUAAUAGUGCUGGUGUUAUCGGUCAGUCACCUGAUUCAGUAUUAAUCAAUGGAAAAGGGAGAUCUUUUGUAAAUACUCCCUGGAACCAAAGGUCAAACGCUUCCUUAGAAGUUAUCACCGUAGAAGCAAAUAAGCGUUAUCGUUUUCGUUUAAUUAAUUCUUUCUGUACCGUUUGCCCGGUUCUUUUGACUAUAGAAAGACAUAAUCUAACCGCGAUCGCGACGGAUGGCAUCGCAACGGAUCCUGUUACGGUUACGUCUAUCAUUUCCUUCGCAGCGGAAAGGUAUGAUUUUGUUAUACAUACGAAUCAAAAGCCUGGCGCCUAUUGGAUACAGGCCCGCCUACAGCAACCCUGCGCGGAAAGCGGGAUUCAGCAGCUAGCUGUAUUGCAAUAUUUAAAUGCAUCUACCACGCCAAUGAGAGCCGCACCUACUUUCGAUAAUGCACUUCCAAUGGGAAUUGUUUUGAAUCCAGUAUAUGGCGACUGCCGUAAUCCACGUCCUGAUGCAAUUUGCAUAAGCGAUCUCAGAAUUGCGAGAGUAAACGCAAAGUGUUCGGACGACAAAGACAUUGGAAAGCCAGAAGCGGACGUGAAAUUGUAUAUGGGCAUGGGGUUCAACGAUUUUACACCGCAGAAGUUCUACGAAGCUAACAAUUACAGAGAUUUUGUAGUUCCUAUAACAGGAAAGGUUUCCAACGCUAUGCUGGGCAACAUAACGUACGCCUUUCCACCUUCCCCGCCACUCUCGCAGCUCGAGGACCUUCCGCACGAUCAAUUUUGCAAUGCGGAGAAUAUGCCAACCAGUUGCAACAAUACUGAAUCUUGCACGUGCACCCAUGUAAUAAAGCUUCCCUUGAACAGUAUCGUGGAAAUUGUUUUGGUCGAUGAGUCACAGUUCACGCUUAUGCAUCCUAUCCAUCUUCACGGACACUCGUUCAGAGUUUUGAGCAUGGGGCAACCUUUGGGUGUCUUUACGUCCGAGACAGCAAUGAGUAUAAAUUAUAUAAGGCAACUUGACGAAAGCGGAGAAUUAGAGAGGAAUUUUAACGAUCCUCCAGGCAAAGAUACAAUUCCAGUACCAGAUAAUGGAUUCGUCGUAAUCAGAUUCCGUACGAAUAAUCCAGGAUUUUGGUUGUUGCACUGUCACUUCGUUUAUCAUCAGUCAAUCGGUAUGGAACUCAUUCUGAACAUGGGAUCGCCAAUGGAUUGGCCACCUGUUCCACCCAACUUCCCGAAAUGUGGCAAUUAUAUGCCGCCGAUUCGCCAUAAGCACGGAUCCAAGGCGAAGAAGUAAUAAACGAAAAUGCACUCAGGUCACGGAAUGUUACUCUUUCUUGAAUUUUUAAAGUUGCAUCCAUCCAUUUGGAUUAUUAACAACUAUGUUAACUUAAACGUUUUUUCUUUCCUCUUAACUCCUUUCAAUGUAUAAUUACUGAUUAUAUAGAGGACAUCGAAUCGAAAAAGAAAAUGUAUCAAUUCGACGAAUUAAUAAAUAAAAUAC